AUGCUCUCUUCACAAUCCAUCAGCAAGAUCUUGUUUGGCAUCCUCAGCGUUACUUCCGUCGCCCAUGCUCACACAUGGAUCGAGCAGCUCACAGCCAUUGCGCCGAAUGGCACAUUCGUGGGUGAGCCUGGAUAUCCUCGUGGCAACAUCCUACGAACCGAGCCUGGUUUUAGUGACGUGCCGUUGGUCCAUCUCAUCACUGGCGCUCCAAAUGAUCCGAUGUGCAAAGAUUCUCAGAAAUCAACCUCUUCGCAGACCAAAUCAAGCCCUCGCCUGAAGACAGUACCGGGUGCAGACAUCGCACUUCGCUACCAAGAGAACGGCCAUGUAACACUUCCUGAGAAUCAACCCGGCAAAGCUGAAAACCGCGGCAACAUAUUUGUUUACGGAACCACCGAACCAAAGGACAACGAGUUGUUUAACGAUGUUCACGGCGUCUGGACCGCGGACGGCAAAGGCGGAGAUGGACGCGGUGUCUUACUUGCCAAGGGUGCCUACGACGAUGGCCAGUGCUAUCAAGUCAACGGCGGUGCUAUAUCCACAAAUCGACAGAAGAUGUUCGCCCAUCCAACAAACCAGCUCAUGGGAGCCGACUUGUGGUGCCAAACCGAUAUUAGACUCCCCUCCGAUGCUCUAACUGGUAAACCUUACACACUCUAUUGGGUGUGGGAAUGGCCAACAGCCGCGGGCAUCGACCCAGGCCUCCCGAAGGGGAAGAACGAGACCUAUACGAGCUGUAUUGACGUCGAUUUGGACCAGUCAGUUGGUGAUUUGUUUCAGAAGGUAGCCAGUAGUGGAUUUGUCCAAGACCAGCCAGUUGAAAAUGCAGCUGUUCCCGACCAAUUCUCCAAACUUGGUGAGCAGCCUGCCGCCACUGGAUCAACCGACUCCGCUCCGCCUUCUUCUGCUCCGUCUACAUCAGCACCGGUACCAGGUACCCCAGCAUCAUCUGCUGCUCCAGGUUCAUCUGAUCCAGUUGCUUCUUCCACGGCUGCAUUAGCUCCAACCACGAUCUCGCCUAUUCCCGGGUCUAGCGCUUCAGCUUCAUCUAGCCUGGCUACAUCUGCCUCGUCAGUCGUUCUUUCGGCUUCCAUAUCUUCGUUUGAGGCCAUCCCGACCAUCAUCUUACCCAUUCCUGGUCCUGAUGCUCCAUCCACCACCCCAUCCGCUGCCGCGACAAGCUCUCAAGCAGUCUCAGAUAUCUCGGUGCAGACCUUGAUCACCUCCGUCAUCACGACUGAGCGAGUUACGACCACCGAGUUCGUAACUUUGCCAGCAACUGCAGCACCCACACCAGGUGCAGCACCGAAGAUCCGUGGACGCAACCCAAUCUUCAAUUUGGGCAACUGA